UUAAAUAAAAAGCGGGUACGUUAAGACAGUCCCCUAAUUUUGCUUGCUUGCUCAAGUUCUGUGUCUGAUCUCUGUCAGUCUGUCCAAAAUCGAUCUCUUUCAUGUUUCAGUUCCAAUUCUGAUCUUCGAAGCUCAAACAAAACAAUGGCGAAAGGAAGAUACUCUCGCCUUCCAGCUCGAAAAUCAUCGUCGUCGACGAUCAUUCUGACUAUGCUCAUCAUGGUCACAUUCGUUAUUCUCAUACUUCUUGCCCUCGGAAUUCUCUCUGUCCCUAGCAAUUCCGGUGAUUCCUCUCGCAAAGCCAACGAUCUCAGCACCAUCGUCCGUAAUAAAGUGGACAGCAGUGAGGGAGAUGAUGGGAGACAAGAGCCCUCGGCGGAGGUGAUCUCGUGGGAGCCUCGGGCUUUUAUCUAUCAUAAUUUUUUGAGCAAAGAGGAAUGUGAUUACCUGAUCAAUCUUGCCAACCCUCAUAUGCAAAAGUCUACAGUUGUUGACAGUGAAUCUGGAAAGAGUAAAGAUAGCAGAGUGCGAACAAGCACUGGCACAUUCCUUCCAAGAGGUCGUGAUAAAAAGAUCAGGGAAAUUGAGAAAAGGAUUGCUGAUUUCACCUUCAUACCUGUAGAACAUGGGGAAGGACUCCAAGUUCUCCACUAUGAAGUUGGGCAAAAAUAUGAGCCUCAUUUUGACUACUUUUUGGAUGAGUUCAAUACAAAGAAUGGGGGUCAACGCAUAGCAACUGUUCUUAUGUACCUCUCAGAUGUUGAAGAAGGGGGUGAGACAGUGUUUCCUUCUGCCAAAGGGAACUAUAGUGCUGUGCCUUGGUGGAACGAGUUGUCUGAAUGUGGAAAAGGAGGGCUUUCUGUUAAACCAAAGAUGGGUGAUGCACUGCUUUUCUGGAGCAUGAAACCUGAUGCUUCUCUGGAUCCUUCAAGUUUGCAUGGUGGUUGCCCGGUGAUUAAAGGGAAUAAGUGGUCAGCCACCAAGUGGAUGCAUGUGAAUGAGUACAAAGUCUGAACUAUAGUUUGAAAGUUAAUUGUAUGACACAACAUCUGAAUUGUAAUUCGGCCCUCCUGACAGAGAGAGCUCCAGCGCUAACAGGCAUCAAGUAAAUGUGUAAAUCUUCUUGUAUACAGCUGAGCGCCUUGUUGGUUACUGCCAUAAAUUUUGGUAUCAGUGAUGGGAGCCUUUUCGUUGGACUCGAGGAUAAAAUAGUUUAAUUUAUGGUUACAGCCGAAAUAUGUUGAACAUUUGAGUUGCUGAUAUAGAAAAACCCAUCUCUUGAUUUUGUAACUGAGAUUGUAUUUGUUUUUUUUUUUUUUUGGGCCAACAAUAAAUGUCUUAUGUCUGUGGAAGUAUUUGUUUUGCCCAUUAAUAAAUUUCUGCGAAAGGUUAAUAGCAUUUUGUUAUCA